AUGAUAAAUGGAGAACAAACAAUGGUUGAAGAUGAACUUCCUGACCAAGGUAAACCAAUGUCAGAUGAAUCAGCAGAUAUUGAUAUUAAAGAUUUAAAAGUUGGUGAAUCUAUUGGUAGUGGUGCCUAUGGUAUAGUAUAUAGAGGUACAUUGUUUAAUUCAGAUGUAGCAAUAAAGAAAAUUCAAAAUGAAAAAAGUGAAAAGAAUGAAUUUAUAAAAUAUUUAAAAAGAGAAGUAGCAGUUUUAAAAAAUAUUCAACAUCCAAAUAUAGUUCAAUUUAUUGGAGUUUAUUAUGAACCAUUAGCAAGUCCAUCUUUAGUAAAUAGAUUAUUAAAUUCAAGUUCAACAUGGAUUGUAACUGAAUAUAUUGGCGGUGGUAAUUUACAUGAAAGAAUUAAAGAUACUAAAAAAGAUUUUCCAAUUGAAUUAAGAAUUAAAUUAUCUUUAGAUAUUGCUUUAGCAAUGGCAUAUUUACAUAGUAGAGAUAUUAUAUUUAGAGAUUUAAAAAGUAAAAAUAUUUUAAUUGAUGAUUCAUCUUCACCAAUUAGAGGAAAAGUUUGUGAUUUUGGUUUUGCAAGAAUUUUAAAUAAAAAACAACAAGGUAAUAGACAUUUAUCAAUUUGUGGAACAGACUCUAUAAUGGCACCAGAAUUAAUAUUAGGUAUGGAAUAUGAUGAAUCAGUGGAUAUAUUUUCAUUUGGUGUAGUAUUGUUAGAGAUGAUAUUACGUAAAAAAGUAUCGAAAGUUUUAGAGAGAGGACCACAAUCAGCCUUUGAAAUUGAUCAAGAUUCAGCACGUCAAUUAAUACCAGAUGAUAUUCCAGUACUUUAUUCAGAUUUAGCAUUGGAUUGUAUAAAAUAUCAACCAGAGGAGAGACCAAAUUUCUCACAUAUCAUUCAUGUAUUGAAACAAUUGACUUCAUUAUUCCCUGUGGUUCAUACAUUUGAUAAUCCAUUAUCACCAACUUCAUCACCAAUCACUCCACGUAAAAAUUCUUUAAAUUCACCUUUUACAAAAUCAAUGAGAAUGAACUCUUUUGAUUUUAACCUAUCAAAUAUAGUUUCUUCAACAAGCGUUCAAAAUAAUUUAAAAAGUCAAAAUUUAAAUUUUACUUUAUUAAAUUUAAAUCAAAUUAAUAAUCAAGAUUUAAAUGAAAAUAAUAAUAAUAAUAUAAGUAAUAAUAUAAAUAAUAUAAAUAAUAAUAAUAAUAAUUUAAAUGAUUGUAAUAGUAAUUUAAGUAGUAGUACAAGUACAAUAUAUAAUGAUUCACAACAAACAAUAAUUGAUGAAGAUGAAUUAGAUAAAGAAGAAGAAGAAAAUAGAAAUAAAGUUAAUAAUUUAAAAGAGAAAAUGUUAUUGGUAAUGGGUGAAUUUGAUAUUUAUAUUAAUAAAGUUGGUAAGGAAUUAUUAUUAGUAUCGGAAGAGGAUCAUAUCUCUCAAAAAUAUGAUGAAUGUAGAAAAGUUAUCGAAAUUAAAAAGGUUUUAGGUGAAGUUAUUGAAAGUGAUAUGAGUAAUAGUCAACAAUCAAAUACUCCAAGAAAAAAUUCAAAUGUUACAAAUUCCCGUGUCGCUUUGUUUUUGAAAUCAAUGGAACGUUCACUCAAUGAAAUUUAUUCAAGCUCUGAUGUAUUAAAACAAAGAAUUGUAAAAGAAGAUGAUUUGGUUGAAUCUUUAUUAUUGGCUAGAGUGGUUUCAAAAAUAAAAAAAAUUCAUUUAUCAUCAUUGGAUAUUAAUAAUUAA